GAAAGAGCAGGCGGUAGAAAAUCUCUCGUCUCUCACUUACGCACAGAGAAUCAGAGUCAGGUAGAAGAAAUAUGUGCUUCGAAGCAUCAACAAUGGCCUGUAAUGCUCGGUUGCAGAGCUCUUCGUCCUUCUCCAGUGACGCCAUGCAAUUUCUCAUAUCCCCUCGCGAGACCAAAACUGUUUCUUAUGAAAACGAGGCGACCAGAUCAAUCAAGGAGCCAACUUUGGGUCUCGUGGACUACGAUUCUCUUCCGGAAUUCCUGAAACACAACGAGUUCAUCCUCAACUACUAUCGCUCAGAAUGGCCUCUCAAAGAAACAAUUCUCAGCUUAUUCUCCAUUCACAACGAGACGCUCAAUAUCUGGACGCAUCUAAUUGGUUUCUUCAUCUUCGUCAUCCUCACCGGCUACGCCGCCUCCAUCUUCCCAUCCGCCACAAACAGCAACAACUACUCCACGCUUCACCUUCGUUCAGGAAAUUCAUCAAACACCUUCACCAGCUUCCCAGACCUGUUCAUCACCGUCGACCUCCAAAGGCCGCAGCUUUUCUCGCGCUGGCCUUUCUACCUCUACCUCGCCGGCGCCAUGUUCUGUCUUCUAAUGAGCAGCGCCUGCCACCUCCUCUCCUGCCACUGUUCCAAAACAAGCUACAUAAUGCUCCGCCUCGACUUCGCUGGGAUCUCUGGUCUCAUCGUCUCCUCCUUCUACCCACUCGUCUACUACACCUUCACCUGCCACCCCUUCUUCCGAAACGUCUACCUCUGUUCCAUCACGGCCUUCGGCCUCGCCGCCGUCGUCGUCUCGCUUGUGCCUGUCUUCGACUCCCCGCAAUUCCGACCAGUCAGAGCCGUUUUAUUUGCCUGCAUGGCGGCGUCAGGGAUCAUUCCCAUCGCGCACAAGAUGAUAACUUUUGGUCACCGGCCGGAGGCGGUGUUGACGACGCAAUACGAAGCGGUGAUGGCGAUGUCUUAUGGGAUCGGUGUUUUGGUCUAUGCUAUGAGAGUGCCGGAGCGGUGGCUGCCGGGAAAAUUUGAUCUUGCCGGACAUAGCCAUCAGUUGUUUCAUGUGUUGGUGGUUGCGGGGGCUUACUCGCAUUAUCUGGCCAGUGUUGUUUAUCUCGGCUGGAGGGAAGGGGAAGGUUGCUGACUGCUGUGGCUUAUCGGGUUGAUGUCGGGUCGUUAAAAUUGACUCAGUGGGAGAUGCAAAAAGUUGCAGAUUGGGACUUGUUUUAUUAUUAAUUAUGAUUUUUUAGCUGUAAAAUGUAUUUAAUUAGCGGUAGGUAUCAAUAUUAUGUUUUGUUUAUUAUAUAUGGUUUAAAGAUGAUACAUAAUUAAAAUAU